AUGUUGACGCCUCUCGAAGUUUGCGACGCGUUCCAGAGGGGAACCGGCCGCCCUGUGAAAUACGUCCGGGGUCCCAUACAAGUCAGAGUGCCAGUUCCCGAGGGCUACAGGGACCAGCUCGAGACUCUGGAGCAGCUAUUCACGAUUGGCAAGGGGGACCCUAAGAAGCAGGCGCCGCCCUACUUUGCCGACCUCGAGAUGGAGAACAGCUGCCCGGCCCAGGCGAUGCGCCUCUGGGAGGCCCCUCGUGGUAUGGAGGAGUAUGCGCGCGAGAUUUUCCCGUUGAGGAAUAUGCCAACGGACUGA